GGAUUUGCGGGUCAGUGAUUGGCUGAGAGCGGCGGCUGGCCUGUCACGUGGGGGGUGGGGAGGAGGCUGUUGGGAGCGCGCGAGACACGGAGAGAGCGAAGACACCGGGGCCGCGGCAAUGAAGCCCAACCAGGUGGAGAUUCUGGACGCAAGAACCAAGGAGAAGCUCUGCUUCCUGGAGAAGGUAGAGCCAAAUGCCACUAUCGGGGAGAUCAAGGCUAUGUUCCAUAAAAUCCACACUCAUUGGUACCCUGCCAGGCAGUCCAUCAGGCUGGAUCCCAAGGGGGCAAUGCUGAAGGAUGAGGAUAUACUACAGAAUCUGCCCGUUGGUACAACCGCUACUCUGUACUUCAAGGACCUGGGGGCUCAGAUUGGAUGGGUCACGGUGUUUCUGACGGAGUACGCAGGGCCGCUCCUCAUCUAUCUCCUCUUCUAUUUCCGACUCCCGUUCAUCUACGGCAAUAAACAUGCCUUCACUUCCAGCCCCUACUCUGUCGUGCACCUGGCCUGUGCCUGUCAUUCCUUCCACUACAUCAAGAGGCUGCUGGAGACGCUGUUUGUCCAUCGCUUCUCCCACGGGACGAUGCCCUUUCGGAAUAUAUUUAAGAAUUGCACCUACUAUUGGGGUUUCGCAGCCUGGCUGGCGUAUUACAUCAACCACCCGCUCUACACCCCUCCCGGUGAGAUACAGCGCACACUCCUGGUGGGGCUGUGAGGCCUGGGUAGGCAAGAGCCAGCAAUUGACAAGACAUCUGCAGGAGCCCCAGUAUAACAACCUCCUCCACAGUCACAGGAAACAUUACCCGUUUAGUUAGUCGGAACAGAAUACAUUCAGCGGCACAGGAAUGAUUUGUCUGCAGGACUAUUUGUACAUCGACUAUUCGAAAAG